UGGAAAACCGUGCGAAAGAGGCCGAAAUCGACUACACGCAAACCGUCGAGUUUGCUUCGGAUGUGCAGCUCACAGACACGUUGUCUUGUCUGUGGGCUGCCAUCCGAACGCUUGUGGAAGCGUCCAUAAAAAACGCCGGCGACGAAAAAAACCCUUCCGCGGUCGUUUUGAAUAAUUACCGCAAGCUAAUGACGGACAUAAAACAGUCUAUACUGUUGGAACAUCAAUCGGUGGGACGACUCGAAAAGGAGCUGCAAUCCGCACACCGCAUGUUGGAUUCGUUGAACCUUCGCGAACAAAUCGUUCAAGAAUCCAACGAUAACCUUUUGGCUCAAGUGAAGACCUUGAAAAACGAACUGGACGCGAAGACCAAGCAAAUCGAAGAAGAAGGACUAUUUUCAUCGAUGGGUCAAGGAGACACGUGUCAGAUAGAGCUAAAGAGGGCCAAACAAGAACUAACAAAAAUUGAUGUGGAAAACAAACGUUUGAACGCACUGUGUCAAACCCUAGAGAAAGAGUUGGAAGCAACAGAGUACAAUGUCAGAGACCUUGAAGCCGAUUUGGCUGCUCAAAGCAAUCAGCUCGUGAAGGAAAUCAAAACUAAAGAGAAGCUAGAAGAACAACUGAAAGUUAAUAACGACGAAAUGGAGAAAAUUAAGUCUGACCUCGGAGCGACGAAAAAUCAUUUGAAAAAAUCCGAAGACAACUUAGAAAAAAUAAACGAAACCCUAAAAGAACUCAAAGUCACAAACAGCGUUUUGAAUAGUAAAAAUAUUUCUUACGACAAACAAAUAAAGAAACUCAAUAGGGAAUUAAAAAUCAAAACCGAACUAAGAGCUGCCAACGGGGAAGAAAUCGACAGACUUCAGGAAAAAAUAAACUGUCAAGAAUCGGAACUGCUUAAAGUUCAAUCCGAGAUGACACGUCUGGUGGCAACUCACGAGUCUUCGUUGAGGAAACGCCGAGAAACGGUUCGAGAAAUUGAGAGCGUGUCGAGAAGCAAAAAAGCCCUAGAAAACGAUAUCACGAGCUUGGAGAAGAAUUCGGUUGCACAACAAGAAGAAAAUAACAAAUUGAAAAACGCACUGCAAGUGACACGACGAGAGAAGAAAUUAUUGGAAAAAAACUCUGUAAAAUUGAACGAACAACUUACCGCUUGUGUGGAAAAAUUAAACCUUAAAGAAACGACACUGCGCGCUUUGGAAGUGGAAAACAACGAUUCGCAAAAAACCAUCGACUCGCUCGAACAAAGAAUAACGUCUUUGGUGAAAAACAAAGAAAAAUUAGAUCAAGAAAUCGUUGUACUAAAACAAAACAUCCACGAACACUGUGUACAGUGCAAUCGCAAAGAUCUAGAAGUACGAGAAUUAAAAAAAGAACUGAACAGCAAAUGCCUAAAACUGAAAGAUCAAGAACACGAAUUGUAUACUUUGAAAACUGAAAAAAAUCUAAACUUUAAGAACCUCACGGAAGCUAAAGACGAAGCCGAAGAAAUGAAAGAAAAAUUGAAGAUGGCUGCUCAACAGCUGGAACAACAAAAGGAGUAUGUAGCGUACAAAGAGAUUCAACUGACCAAAAACGACACGACGUUGAAGCAAACGGAAAAGGAAUUGCAAAAAUGCCAGCAAGAGAUUGAUGAAUUCGAAAACAAAAUUCAAGAGAUGACAACAACGUUAAUAAAGAAAAACGAUAACGAAAAGUCGACAUGCACGACGUUAAGAGCUUUGCAAAUGAAAGUCGAAAAACUUCACAAACAGAAUAAUCAAGCGAACGCAGACAAAAGCAAGCUCAUCAAUCAAAUUAACAUACGCAACGAGGAGCUGAUGAAACAAAAAGACGCCAACGACGUGCUGAGAACGACACUCGGGAGAGGAGAAGCGGAAUAUCAUAAAAGAAUCGACGACAUAAGGCUGCUGAAAAUCGAAGUGAAACGUUUAAGCACUCAAAAACGCCUGCUGGUGAAAAACAUCUCGAGUGUUCAGGACCUCAGACGAGAGGUACUAAAAUAUGAACAAAAGCUAAACAAAGAGCGGAUGAAAUGCCGUGCUCUGGAGGAGACAUUGAUGAAACCGACAAACGUUCAUCCGUGGCGGCUUUUAAAGAACACUGAUCCGCCGGCGUACGAGAUGACUGUCAAAGUGAGAAUCCUCCAGAAACGUUUGCUCGAGCAAUGCACUAAGAUGUUCGACAAAGACUUACAAGUUCGAGAAAUCCAAGCGAGAUACGAAAAUUUGAAAAAAGAAUUCGUCAAGCUUCCGGGCAUGGACACGUUCAAAGAGAUGAACCACAUCAAAAGGACUCUGAUGAACAACGACGACAAAGUCAAAAACUUGUCAGGAGCACUGAUUGCCAGCGAACAGACCACGGCGGAGUACAGAUUUGUGAUGGAGCAAACGAAAAAAGAACUUGAUGAAUUUAAAAACAAGUAUUAUGAUCUGAAACGAGUUCUAACAAAAAUGAAAAUGAAGAAACAAAAAAUAUCCACUUCCGCCAAAUCUGAUCCUGACAGGACUCGUUUGGAUUACAAUAGGUUUUUGGAUAUGGCAAUUUAAUGCGUUUAUUGGCUUUAUUUUUAUUUUUUUAAUUUGUAUACAUUUUUAUGUAGGAAUGUUUUUUACUAUGACAUCGCCAAUAUUGUGUUCUCUCCGAAAAUGAUUUUAC